AUGUCCCAACAAGAGGCAUUGAACGCGACCGCUGAAAUUGUUCUUUUGACAGUAUUCGAUAGCUCUACUGGCAAAAAACUAGCUGAGUGCUCAGAUGUGACAGGAGCAGAGGCGCAUUGGAGCAGUUUUCAAUGGACGUUGAAGUCAGACGUAUUGUUAUGUACAGUAUCUCCAAAGAAUUUUUCUCGUACAGUGUUCCCACCGUCCACCAAUCCAAGAACAUUUUUCGCUCGAAUAGAAGCAGUUCGUGGUUCCGUAUGUAUUGGCGAAGUGGAGGUGCAGAAUAUGCGUUUCUACGGUUGUCCUCGCCACCUAGAACUCAACUCCUUAUCCUCCCUAAAUCUCGAUUGCAGCUGCCCAUAUGAGCAUGACGAUCAUGAGACUGUUAUUUCUUUCCCUACCGAUCCGCCAUUUCCAAUAUUUGAGUUGGAAGGAACACCGCAAUCACCCAGACAAGCAGUGUGGACAGUUGGACCAUGCGCUAAUUUCGCGUGUUUGAACAAUGGGACAUGUGUCGUGGCGCAGGAAGGAUCGGCAGCAUGCCUCUGCCCUGACGGCUUCAUCGGUGGUACUUGUGAAAUUGACGUGUGUUCAACAGUUCCGUGCCAAAACGGCGGUCACUGUAGAGCAGAUGGAGGUGAAGGCCGUUGUGUAUGUCCACCUGAAUUUACUGGCAUCUUAUGCGAAUCGGUAAUCGAAGGUUGCAACCCACCAUGUGUAAAUGGCCAUUGCUUCGUUGUGAAUAACACCAAGAGGUGUAAAUGUAAGCAAGGAUUCAUUGGAACUACGUGCAGUAUGGUUGACGUGUGCUAUCGAGAUGCUGUAUGCGCAUUGUAUGGUGAGGAAGCAAAGUGUACUGUUAAUGAGACUAGCUAUAACCUCACUAACGCUCCAUCAUUCAACGCUUACUACGAGUGCCGCUGUCCUCAUCCGCUGAAUGGAGAAUACGUCGAUUGUCUUGCACUUCAUCUUUCAACGUCGGUAUCUGUUGCCACUUCACCGUAUCGGCUGGUAUCGAAUGGGUUGACAACGUCUUCCUUGUCAACAAAUAUUGUAGAUACGAUUACCGAGGAAGAAGAAAUUCCACCAGCAGCAACAGUCUUGGUCACUACUUCUUCGCCCUUUUCGCCACGGUACAGUUCACCUGCACUGCGCUUGCUUUCUUCACCUGCUGCACCAGAGACUUCUACAUUCUUCACUCCGGCUUCUACACUUUCUGCGUUUUCUACAGAACCCACUUCAACACAAGCACAUUUUGCACCUCAUACUGAGAUAGAACCGAGUGAUACUUCUACACCAACGAUACAAACGACUUCGACUUAUGUCGACGACCCGUUCCCUUCCACCAGUUUUAACACUACAACCUAUGUUAUACCGGUUGAAGAGCGCACUACGACCGAUUUCCCGUCGACGGAAGUCACUACUUCAAACAAGGUAGUUGUCAAGAUGUCUAAGACAACUGUCGCCGAUUUUAGCGAGCACCACAGUUCAGCCGCGAGUUGGUUAGUAGCCAUUGUAGCUAUGAUUGUGUUGGGACUGCUACUUCUAGCUACGACGCUGUUUGUUUUGCGUUACAUAAGGCAGUCGCGGAAGUUGCAUGGAAAAUACAAUCCUGCAAGAGAAGAACAUGCACUGUCGGCUGCUUUUUCGAUGCCAAUGUCUCGUAUUCCCAAAGAAGAACGGUUAAUUUGA